AUUCUGUUUGUGCAAUGUGAUAUAAGAAUACAGCAAAUCUCUCUCUGACCUCUUGGGUUAUCCACAUUCAAUGAUUACGUGGUCAAGCGCAGAUUGCAUAUUAUGUAUACCGGAAACUAUCUCUAUUACGCUGAACACUGUGCUUUGUGCAGCUCUUUAGCAUAGUAGAAAGAACCACUUGCCUACCUCUCGGGAAGUUUGGCUCAACACCGGAUUAUCAACAUACAGACCAGAGAUUGUUGAUGCGUGUAUGACAUAUGCCAACAUCCCUGGUCCCCAGCUGUAGGACACCAACUCAGUAGGACACCUACGUGAUGGACACCAGCCAACAGGACACCACUUUCAACAGCUUGUCAAACAAGUACAUCACAGAGUCGCCAGCGUUUAAGGGACAAAUGGACAGGAGUGGUGUUUUUUCCGGUCUACUGGACAUCAGCGGUCAGCAUGACGUGGACAUGAGUCAAAUGAGAAUCCAGAUGAAGCAGUUGAAACUGGACUUACAGUCUGAACAAGAUCUUACAAAUCAACUACGCCGUCGCUUGAACACAGCAGAAAAGGAGCGUCUUGAAGCUGCCAGUCGAUUCAAUAAUGAGGUCACGACGCUGGAAGGUCAGUUGGCUCGAGUAGGGUCCCAGAUAGAGAAGGGCGAGGCAACGCGUCACAGUCUGGAGUUUGAACUGACAAAAGCACGGAGGGAGCUGAGUCAGCAAAAACAGACCAGGAUGGAGAGAGAGGCGGUCCUCAUGGAGACAAAUGAUGACCUGAAACGUAAGAUCGGUGAAGUGUCGGAAGAGAUGCUCGCGCUGCAGAAACAAGUGCAGGCUGUCCACCAGUCCAGUGAAGGCACAGAGAUGAAGAUGAGGAAAGAACUGGAGGAAAAGGAGUUCCUGCUGAACCGGCACAAGAACGACCAGGAGGUGAUGAGGACGGAGAGGGAGAAGCUGGAAGCGCUCCUCAGGCAGCACCAAGGAGAGAAUAGCCAAGUUAGCACAGUGUCAGGGUUGCACGAGCAGAUACAGGAGCUAGAGAGUGAGAGGACAAGCUUGUCCGACCAUCUGCGGAAAGCAUUGUCAGAAGUGGAUUAUGGCAAGGAAAGAGAGGAGAAGAUGAAGAAAGAUAUUGAUGUUGCCGUCCACAGGAUCAAGUCCUUAGAAGAGAACAUCGAAGCAGAGCGAGCGGCUCAUCUGGAGACCAAGUUCAACUCUGAGAUUGUGCAGCUUCGUGUGCGGGACCUGGAGGGGGGCAUGGACGUGGAGAAGUCGGCCAACAUCGAGGCCACCAAGGCAGUGGAGAGACUGGCCAAGCAGAUCAGGGAGAUUGAGCAGGCCUACAACGAUGAGAGGAAGGUGAAGAAAGAAGCUGUACACAAGAUGGAAAAGUUGGAGAAAGAGUACACAAGUGUCCGAAGGAGGCUGACCACAGACGUGGAGAACAAGACCAACAUGAUCGGCCAGCUGUCACAGGAGCUAGAGGUGCACCAGAGGAACUUCAACGAGCUGAAGGAGGAGCUUGGCAAGGCCAAGAAGCGACAGGUGUACCUGGAGGAUACGUACGGCGGCUGUAUGAAGGAACUGGACAUGCUGAUCUCCACCUUCUCCCCUCCACCCACAGACAAGACCAAGAAGACCACACGUGUGAGGAAAGAUGAAGGGAAGGCCAAGAAACUGCCGAGUCCAUCUGCCCUGCUUGAGACACUGCGGCGCCUGCUCCAUGAUUCCAAGACCAAGUUGGACACCACGUGUGAAGAGUUGUCUAAAUGUAAAAAGACUGGGGACAAACUGUCAAAGGAAGUGGACACGUAUCGGGACAUGGUGCAGGCCAAGGAUAAAGCUCUGGAGGACGCCCAGAAGAACUACACCCGCACUGCGAAGGAGCUGAGCCGUGUACGUGCUGAAUCCAGUGAGCUGGAGGGGAUUCUCACCAGGACCAAAAUAGACCUGCACAGUACCAACUCCAAUCAGGAUAAAGACCGUACUCGGAUACAAGGACUCUCUGAGGAGAUAAUGAAACUAGUUAAGCGACACCGGGCAGAGGACGAGGUAUGUGAGGGGGAGGGGGAAUUCAUGGCCCUCCCCCCCUCCUGGACACCCCCCUUGCAGCAGGAGAAGCUGGCGUUCCUGCAUGGCCUGUAUCAGCGUCUGCUGGCUGGGCGGAUCGUGGUGCCGGCGAGGGAGAAAGGCUUCAACCAGUUGUCAUGGACGGAGCUGACAGAGGCAGUGUACCAGCAGGUGGUGGCCAUGAUUAACUCUCUACAACAGGCUGAUGAAAAGAUGCGGGGGAUGGAGGAGGCAGUGGCAGCAAGAGAUGAGAAGAUCAGCACAAUGCAGCAGUCGUACGAAGACCAGUUGGACAAACUGACAUCACUGACAAAGGAGCAGGAGUCGUCAUGGCAGAGACAGAAGGAAGAGUUGCAGCAGCACUACACGCAGCUCAUCGGGGACCUCCAGUCUCGCUCCAAGAAAAGCCAAGCUGUGGCAGACCAGGCGUGGGAGAAGAUCCGAGCUACGGGCAGCGUGCAGCAAGGUCUGGAAUCGGAGUGCUCGGAGCUGCGGAGGUACCUCGAUGAUGCAGACACCCAGAUCUCAUCUCUGUCCUCUGCCUGUGCGCUCCUCGCCGGCGCCCUCUACCCUCUGUACGCACGGGCUAACGAGCUGGCUAGUGAGCGUCGUGUUCUGGAGGACCAGAUGAUUGGGUGGGACACCUGCCGGGAGCGCGCCCAGUACCUAGUCAGUGUCCUCAACUCCGAGCUCAACGCCGAGACUGACAAACCAGAGAGAGAUCGCAGGAAAAAAGAGAAAAGAACUCCAAUUUUGUGCUUCCGGACUGGUGUUAUUGCUGUGAUGGCUGCCAACAGACUGUGUCAUCUGGGCCGGGGAUCGUGUAAGAUGUUUGUGACGUACGAUACGUUGUCUGGCAGCAAUGGACUGCUGGUGUGUACCGGAGGCGUCAGGCAAUCCAGGAGAGUAUUCAGAGGUGUCGGUCUGCCUGCCGCUGAGGAAGAUGAGGGUGAUGAAGGGGAGGUCACCCGGCCAGGGGAGAGUCACCUACUGAACUGGAUGACUGGCAAUGCCAUCACAGACCUGGUAGUUCCAGCGAUGUCAGACUUUCUUGAAGUCGCUGGACAGGUCAAGGAGAAAGGUGGGGCUGUUGAAACGAGGGCCCUGAUUGGUGCAGCAAGGAGCUCCUUCAGUAAGCUGUUGGACAAGCUGGGUGUCCAGUUCCCCGGGAUCAGCCUGCAGCCAAUGUCUGCCCUGCGAGAACGAACAUCCCUGGUGCGAGGACUUGGUCGAUGUCUCUCACGCACGCUAAGUGGACUUCCUGUGGCAAAGAAACAAACACUUGCCUCAUCGCAGGAUUUGAUGAUUGCCCUGCAACACCACAUCGUGGACUUCACACAGCGUCUGCACCGUGUGGAGGUGGAGCGGAGGCAGUUGCUGGCAGAGGUGGACCAGCUCAAGCGGCAGGUGGUGUCCGAAGUGGGGGAGGUAGCAACCACUCUCGACAAGAUGGCCGAUGCCAAGGAACAUAAUCCCAAGUAUGUGACCAUGGAGAAGUUUGAGCGAGUCUGUCAGGAGCUGAACAGUGCGCUGCGUAGAGAGCAGCAGGCGCAGCACCUGCUGCAGGAACAGAGUCAGCAGCUGGAGGAACUGAGUGUCAGGCUGGACCUGUGUGCCACCCAGGGCAUGGACAAGGAGGUGACUCUCACAGAAGCCGUGCAGGGGCUGUCAGAGGCGAAGGUGGAGUUGCGACGGCGGGAACAGUCCAUCCGCCAACUGCAGAAGCAGGUGCUCCAGAUGGAGAUGGAGCGCAAGUCUGUCACCGGCAACAUGGCCGACACCGAGAACGCACUGCACACAGCAAACAGAGAUAAGGAUAUCCUGUCUCACUACAUGAAGUCGGUCGAGGGAGCACUCCAUGAGGCUAAAAGACAAAUGUCUCUACUCAAAGAUCCUGGUCGCCAUGAUGCCGAACUUUCCAAGGCUUUGCUGAAUGUUGACUUUAUCCCCACUGAUGUUGGCAAGGCAGGCCCAGAGCUGAUAGCAUGUCAGAACCUUGUGGGUGCCUUCAUUGACACCCAGCACCAGGCUGUGGCCAAAAUCCACUCCCUGGAGGACGAAAUCGAGUCACAUCGACGCCAUGUAGCCAGCCUCAAACAAGAACUGAGUAAUGCAGUACGCCGAGAGUACUCUCAUCAGCAGGACAGUUCUCCUCCUCCUGAUGAAUUUGAAAUUAUUCCUUCCGUCUCGGACCCGGAUGUCUCCAGCAGCAGGGAAAGAUUUGUUCCUCUCAGAGAGGAUUCUGAGGUUUCUUACUCUGUUGGGAGACCCAGUCCUAUCAAGUCAGGCCCUGGAUCCGCACACAAACAGGGGAGGUCUCCUGGGUUCCACACACCACAGAAACUUCCCAAGUCUUCCCGGGAUCGCCCCCGAACACAGUCCUCCAAUGCACGGUAGUGCGGAGUGUGUCUGUCAUUCAUCUGUGAUAUGUAUGUUGCUGUGUGAUGGUCCUCCAUGUCAGGAACUGUUGCCGUCCAUGUUGUGUACAGUCAAUGUAUUGGACUCCCCCUGUUUGUCAAGGAAUUCAUGUAACAUUAAACAAGUGCUCUUCUUAUCAAGAGAGAUGAUGAUAAUGGGAUGAGCCCUGGACCAUUCAGGCAAAGACCCUAAUAAUGUGACUGUCUAUCCAGACUGAUAAAUCAAAUAUCAACAUAUAGAAUAUUUGAACACUUUCAAGUUGUCAUGUUGGUAAUGAAGACGGUAUUCUGUUCUCAGAAACAUGUCUUCUUGAUGUUUAGGCAGGUUUCAGUAGGAUACCUGGGCCCAUGUGCACAAAGUGUUUAGGUCUAGGAGUCUACAACUAUCUUUGAUUAGGUACAACAGAAGUCAUACCAUGAUUACUUGUACAGUAAAGACCCUAGGCCUCAUACCACGAGAUCCGUAAAGAUCCGGGUUAGAAUACGUCUUCAGGAGCCCAUACUUGCCGUAAAAGGCGACUGUGCUUGUCGUAAGAGGCCAUUAACGGGAUCGGGUGGUGAGGCUCGCUGACUUGGUUGACGCAUGUCAUCAUAUCCCGAUUGCGUCACUCACUGGAUUGUCUGGUCCAGACAGCCGUCAUAUAGCUGCAAUAUUGCUGUGUGCGGCCUUAAACAACAAACAGACAAACCAAAUCAUUCCGCGAAGUGAUUUUAGCACUGUGACUAUAUGCAAGUCUAUGUUCAACUAUGGGAGUAUGAUCUUUUCCCUAAGAUUGCUGUAUGAAACAAUCCCCCGGCACUAUCUAUGACAUGUUCAGGUUGAGGACCUUUUUGUAGUAUGUAGUUUCUGAUUAACUGCAUUUAAUUGUGUACAUACAUACAUAUAUAAAUAUAUCAUUUGCACUCCUGAAAAUCCAGGGUUUUUAUAUUACAAUUGAUUGCAUUUACCUUGUCUUCAACUUAUUCCCUAUAUCAGCCGAGUAUUAUGUAUGUUUAUUGAAGCAUGGAAAGAUAACGCCCAUGGGUUUAUAACAUGCACUUGACCUUCAAUCAGGUGAUAAAUUGUCAAUUUGAAUACUUUUAACUUAAGACCAUCAUAUUGUGUCAAGUCUUGUAAUAUAAACAACAGUGAUUUCUACGAAUUUAGCCAGUAUAAACUCUUGCAUACAAUUGUACAGAAGUAAGCCAGCCAUGUGUGUCUACUAGCUGGAGUGUCUAGUGUGAAGUCCUUGUGUGUGUUUGUGUAAGCCUGUAUGACGCAAUAUCUAGAGAAGUGUGUAUGACACUGCAAUGUCUCCUCACAGGCCGACACAGUGGCAGGGUCAGCUGCAGCAUCAUCACAUGUGUCUCGCCGUGCUCAAGUCCAAUGUGAUGUAGCUGAAGCCCAUUAUAACUGUACUCAUUAUGUUUAUCUGAUGGCUAUGGUUAGCAUCAAGUUUUGCAUUUGUAAGUCUCAUUGUUUGAAUUAUACAUAUACUGUGAUAUUUAUUACAUAAUAAUAAUCCACACAAACAAUAAAAUAUCCAACCAAUAUUGUGCUGUUAUUGAUUCAAU